GCAGCUGGGGGCGACACAGAGUAAAUUCCAGCGGAGAAUCCAGGAGAGAGAGAAGGAGCUGCAGGAUCUGAGACAGGCUGUGCAGUCACUCAAGCGCUCUGCACAGGCAGCAGUGGAGGACAGUGAGAGGAUCUUUACUGAGAUGAUCCGCUCCAUUGAGAGAAGGUGCUCUGAGGUGAAAGAGCUGAUCAGAGAUCAGGAGAAGGCUGAAGUGAGUCGGGCUGAAGGACUCCUGGAGCGACUGAAGCAGGAGAUUGCUGAGCUGAGGAGGAGAGACGCUGAGCUGGAGCAACUUUCACACACAGAGGAUCACAUCCAUUUCCUCCAGAGCUCUAAGUCUCUCUGUGUCCCUCCUGGACCUAGAGACUUACACAGCAUCACUGUCAGUCCACACGUCUCUUUUGAGGCUGUGAGGAAAUGUGUCUCUGAGCUGAAAGAGCGACUGGAGGACGUCUGCAAGGGGGAAAUGUCUAAGAUCUCCAGGGCAGGCAGAGCAGUGGGUGUUCAUGGCUGCUUUACUGAAGGGGAGACCUGUCCUCUCUGCAUGGAGCCCUUUCAGAAGAAGCAGAGGCUGAUGUGUACUCAUGCCAUCUGUGCAGCCUGUCUGGAGAGAUCUGUAGAAAGACUGGGUCUCCAGUGUCCAGUGUGUCAACAAGCACUCAGAGUGCUGGGAGACCAGCCAAAGGGACAGAUGACACAUUUUACAUUCUUUUCUCAGUAUAUUGUGAUUAAAUACAAUAUCCCUGAUGGAAUACAGACAGUAAGUAAUACUACUUCAUAUUUCAUUACUAUUGGAGACGUGUGA